CUUAAAAAAUUGGUCAGAUAAUGCAUUCACGUAUUACUGAACUGAAACAGUGAAGAAAAAAGUCUCCGAUGUAUGAGUCACAAAUAAAGUUUUCUUAUCACAAGAACCGGCUUGGAAAGUUGCUGACAUUAUUGUCUAAAAACGAAGUGGCGAAAAAAAUUAUAAUGAAAAAUUCAAAUAUGAUGUCUCGAGUUGAGAAGCAACAAAGCCCGUCUUCUCGUUGCCUGCAGUGAAAGACUCGAGGGAAAAUUGGGAAUUUAAAAUGAGAAGAUUUGGCUUCAUAACAACGCUGGGCUGCCUUCACGUCAUCGCGGCGCUGCUCGCUUACUCGGCAGCGGCGCUCGAGAUGAAACGAAUCGCUGUGGUGGAGGUGGUGGGUGUGGUGGGCGGCAGCACAGCGCUACCCUGCAACGUGCAGCAUCCCGGCGACGACGCCAUAUUGCUGCUGCUGUGGUUCAAAAAAGGACUAACUACUCCUAUUUACAGGUACGACGACCGUUCAGGUUCAAGCCGACGCACUUCUCACUGGUCGGCUGAAGAUGCGCUGGGAGCGAGAGCCUCUUUAGAGGUACUGAGCUUGCCUGCUCAGUUAGUUGUGAAGUCUUUACGAGAAGACGAUGCUGGGCUCUACCACUGCAGGGUAGACUUCAGAAAACAGCCCACGAAAACUACACGAGUUGUGCUCAGUGUUGUCGUGCCCCCGACGAGCGUUGUCGUGUACGAAGGCUCGUCACUGCCGCACGCCGUGUCGAGCGUCGUGGGGCCGCUGCACGAGGGCGACAUGGUCACUUUAACCUGCGUCGCCCAGGGCGGAAAGCCUCCACCAACCGUCGUUUGGUUCGAAGACACUAGACUUCUUGACAGUUUAAUGGAGUCGGAAAUCAACUAUUCAGCCUCUUCCAUGUCAGAACUUGUAUUCCCCAACAUCUCCACGGAACAGAGCGUAACUUUGAAUAAAAACUUCACUACUUCAGAUCUUGCGCCGAUAUCCUUGGCACCUCACACAGAGAAGAUUCCUGAUGCCAUUAGACUGAUGUUCGAUGGCAAGCCUUACAAUACAUUGUCUCUAGGUCCGCUUACCAGGCAAGACCUGAAAAAGCUUCUCACUUGCGAAGCAUCAAACAACAACAUCACCUUGCCUACCUCUGUCGUAGUCAUGAUCGACAUGAACCUGGCAGCGCUGAACAUUAAGUUAAUGACGCCGUCGGGGUCUAUAUUUGAUUAUUUAUGUUGCAGUGGCAGCGCUGAACAUUAA